CCUUCCUUUAUUCCAGAUGUAUAGAGAUGACAUUGCUGCUGUGGGUGAGGAAUGUGUAUUCUCGCUCUGCUGCCAAGGUCACCAUAACCACGAUGAAAGGGCAAGAGAGCUAAACUCAUCAAACAGAUUCCAUUGGAAUGGAUCUGCCUGGAGACAGACUCACCUGCCCUGGGGCCUGUAAAACAUACUCCAUCUCUGCUGGUGAUGAACACUCCCCACACCACCUCACUGUUCAGACUCCAUCUCUGCUGGUGAUGAACACUCCCCACACCACCUCACUGUUCAGACUCCAUCUCUGCUGGUGAUGAGCACUCCCCACACCACCUCACUGUUCAGACUACAUCUCUGAUGUCAGAUGAGCACUCCCUUCACUUCCUCAUUGGCUUCGGCCUCAUCACACCAGUCAGACCACGCCAAAGCUCUAUGAACAUGAAGUCGCGUGUAGGCGUGGUGAAAUGUAGAGAAGACGUGUUUUCAGAUGUUAAAAACGAAAACGUGACUACAUCAUGGUAGCGGGCGAGCUGCUCCAGGAACAUGUCCUGCACGGUAGUGCACCUGACCCGAGCAGUGCCGCUAGCGAGACACCGGCAUCAGACGGAAAGGCAGAACAGUAUGGAGACCUCACGGAUGGAGCAGUUCAUUUGACUGUGCAGGAUCCAAACGCGCUGGAACAGCAGCUUUUUCCCAGCGAGGGUGAGGCAAUGCUUCCCGGUGAACAGAAACCUCUGGAAACGAAAUUAUACCGGAGGAGAUUUGCUGUAUUAACGAUUUUCAGCCUCUAUUCUCUCGUCAACGCGUUUCAGUGGAUUCAGUACAGCAUCAUAACGAACAUCUUCAAAGACUAUUACAACGUCUCAAACGUAAAGAUCAACUGGCUCUCCGUGGUUUACAUGGUAGCAUAUGUACCUUUGAUCUUCCCUGCAACGUGGUUGCUGGACAAAAAAGGACUCCGGCUGACAACAUUGCUGGGCGCGGGUUUGAACUGCAUCGGCGCCUGGGUGAAAUGCGCCAGUAUAGGAUCAGACCUGUUCUGGGUUACUAUGGUGGCGCAGACGAUAUGCUCCGUAGCCCAGGUGUUCAUCCUGGGUCUGCCCUCCAGAAUUGCAUCAGUUUGGUUUGGGCCCAGAGAAGUUUCAACAGCCUGUGCCACUGCUGUUUUAGGCAAUCAGCUGGGUGUUGCUGUGGGUUUUCUUCUCCCACCUGUGCUGGUUCCAAACACACCUGAAGAUAAAGUACUCAUGGGACACAACAUAGGCAUCAUGUUUUAUGGAACAGCCGCUGUCUCCACUCUGCUCUUCAUUUUAACAGUCAUUGUUAUUCAGGACAGACCCCAGCUGCCCCCCAGUCAAGCUCAGGCUGUUCUCCUCACAGGUCCAGCAGAAGACUACUCGUACUCCCAGUCCAUCGUCAGAUUGUUCAAGAACAAACCUUUUAUCCUGCUUCUGCUAAGUUAUGGUAUCAUGACAGGAUCUUUCUACUCAGUGUCCACACUUCUCAAUCAAAUGAUUAUUGCCCAUAAUCACUCAGAGCUGAAUGCAGGCCGCAUUGGCCUCACCCUAGUGGUGGCUGGAAUGGUUGGCUCCAUCCUGUGUGGACUGUGGCUGGAUCAUACCAAAGCCUACAAAAUGACUACACUGGUGGUGUACAUCAUUUCCUUUAUUGGGAUGCUGGUGUUUACCUUUACACUGGACCUGGGGGAUCUGCUGGUGGUGUUCUUCACUGCUGGGGCACUAGGGUUCUUUAUGACUGGAUACCUGCCCAUCGGCUUUGAGUUUGGCGUUGAAAUCACCUACCCCGAGUCUGAGGGCACUUCAUCUGGCCUUUUGAAUGCAUUUGCCCAGGUGUUUGGAGUCAUUUUCACUCUCAUUCAAGGCAAGCUGACUUCAGACUACAACCCACAGGCUGGAAACCUGUUCCUUUGUGCCUGGAUAUUCCUUGGUAUCAUUCUCACAGCAAUGAUCAAAUCAGAGCUGAAAAGACAUGGUGUCAAUAUGGGCAACAGCAUGGGCCAAGAAGUCCCUACUGUGUGCCCUGUAGAGAAGGUGGUGAACGGAGUAACACUCACGUCCUCAGGGCUUUCGCGGGAGACCUCACUGUAAGCUCACUGCAAAUUUUUGGUUGUAAACCCAAUGAAAUGGCAGUAACUUCUAAUCACUCCCAAAGGAGCAAAUGAACAUUCCACCACCACCUAACCCUAACCUUCACCCUAACCCUAACUCUAACCUCAGCAGAGGUUACAUGAUGUUGUUUUUUGUUUGUUUGUGUGUCUUUUUUUUUUUUGUAUUUUAAUUUUAUCAAUUUGCUGAAAACAAUACUGAUUACCAUUAGCACAUAAUGUUGUUUACGGAAGACCAUGAAGUUUACAGAAGACCAUCGCAGAAAGGUUCAGAAGACUCCUGUAAAUCUUUCUGAACUUAAGCAAUGUUGUAGGAGCAUGUUAAUCUUAGACACAAUGCACAAUAAUCCUCAUAUUGAUCAUUGAAGCUGUGUUCUGUAACAUUUACCGUUUUAGUGACCCACUGCCUAACAGUACCUGACAACACAAGAAGUCUGUUGCGAUAAACAACAUUAAACAAGGCUUAGAACUAGUGUUGGCCAGUCUAAGUGGGAGUGACUGUGGGAGAGAUGCAAUUCUUGUUCACAGAGAAAAGUGAUUUCCUUGAGUCUUACUACACAUAGUAGGACUUCCAUAUCCAACACAGGAAUCAUAGGGUCCGGGUUAUAUAUAGGAUUUUACAAUUAUCUGUAAUAAAGAUGAUCAGGUUAGGAUUAAAUCUAUUAUGAAGGUAAUGUUUAACCUUGAAGCUGCAUAGGGGAGACAACUGCUACUUUUACACUAGACAGAUAAAUCUCAUGUGCGCUAAUGAUUACUUUAUAGCAAUGCAAGCAAAGGUUGGUACUGUAGCGGGUAUGUUUAUUAUGUGUUGAAUGUUUGGUGACAGCAGUGUUGGGUUUCGUUAGGUUAAGUUAAUCUUCACUCCUUGUCAUUAUUUCAUUUGUAUAUAUAUUGUGUAUAUAUAUCAUAGAUUUUGUGCAUGAUGAUAAUAAAUAGGUAGGUAGGUACAUGCCCCUGAUUAGGUGUUAAUCCUAAUCCUAACCAUAACCCUAACAAGCACAAAGUCUUUUAAAAGGCUCGUAGCAGGACCAAGGUGACAUGUAGAACAUGAAAGCACACAACAGUUCCUAACCCUAACUCUAACCCUAACCCUAACCCUAGCUACUGUACAUUUCACCCAGGUGUCUUUACACCAAAGAACAUGGUUUGCUACCUGUCAAAAACCUUGGAAAGCUUUCAUAGACUAUGGUCACUAUGAGGAUUAAUCAUUGAGUUAAAGAUGAUUACUGUAUUUCUGAUGUCAACGGAGAAGGCAUCUGAAGGUUUAGCACUUCUAAACAAUCAUAGCCUUGUGAUGGACAUUUAAAGCUGUGUUAUGAAAUGUGGGAGGUAAUCUGAGCACGGUAAGUAAGAGUGGACCAUGCUGUGACAUGUGGGAAGUAAUCUGAGCACGCUCAGUAACACUGGACUGGUUACCAGCACUGUGACCCCAGGAUUUACAGUACAAACCAGCACAAAUUGCUUUUUAUUGAUGACUAACGGUUUAGAUUUACUGACAUGCAUUGCGUAACUGAAUUAAUGUUGAAUUGAUAAACUUUUAUAGUGCUAUAUUUGCUAUUAUUUUUUCAGCUAAAUUUUAUAUCAAACAACUGUAUAUUUAUGUUAAUUUAAUGGCUUUUUAUUUAUUGGUUUGCGAUCUAAUAUUGUUUUUGACUGACCUCAGUACAGUGGUCAUAAUCAUCAAACUGCAACUAUGUUAUUCACUAAACACAAAGUUUGCUGUUGUGUUAACAUACUCCAAAUUAAAACUGAUAUUUAAGCAAAUGAAUGCUAUUGUCCCCAUCCCCAUCAAGGAGCAUCGAAAACUGUGUCAUGAUUUCAUGUUCAGUAUAACUGACGCAUAACAGAACAGUUUCAUGAUUUCCUCUCCAACAUUUGUGGCUAAAUGUGUUUUAUUCCAGUUGUCAUUCUACAGUGUAAGUGUCAUUUUGUUCCACAUGUCAUCAAUAAAAGAUAACGCCUAA